CUCGUCUUUGGUCAAUCUUCCUAGAAUCUCUGGGCACAUCGACUACGGUAUUGUACAUACAUACAGUACGAAAGAUGCACGUAGUCGCUGAGCGAUGGCCCCCUCACCGUCAAGGGCUCGGGGUUGGGCCUAUCACAGAGCUUCCAAGUGGUUUGGCGCGACGAUAGACUGCUGCUGCUAGUGUACUAGUUUCCAGCUGAGGCUCUUCGAGAAUCGGGAUGUCCCGCAACUGGGGGCCGUCUGGUCCAUUGCAGGUCCCCGAUCGAGUGGCAGGCACUCUGCCCUGGGACCACGGCAUCAACUGAGUUACCCAGGCCUUUACAUUCAAACUCUUAGACGGGCAGAGACUUGCUACGUUAACCACGCACCGGGUCGACAGUAUUCGCUGUUGAGUUGCUGUUCGUCAGUAACGUCAUGGACAAGCAACAAAGAGUCACUUUCACCGUCAAGGAGAUACCUGGGGAGAAGGAGAGCGAACAGCCUUUCCUGUCGUCCCCGGCAACUGGACAAGUUCGACCAAGCGGCACAUCCGGUGUCGGGAGCAUAUCUUCGGUUUCGGCCCCUUAUUAUAAUGCUGUGACGCCGGCACAACCAGGCCCCGGCCCACCGUACCCGGCCUACGCGCCGUAUCGCCCUUAUCCAGCCACCCGUGCGGGCUCCUACGACUCUUACUCCGCGCCCUAUGCCAAUUGGGUCCCUAUGCCCCCUUUUCCGGGCUACAAACCCUCGUCGACAGACAGUCCUAAUGACUGGAGCCCCGAUGGAGGCGUCGUCGCUCCCAGCACCGGGCCUGAGCCGCUACCCUUUGGGCCUUAUUACGAGAAAUACGGACUGCCACACGAUCUGCUGCCAUAUCCGUCUCCUGCCGGUCCAGCGUAUGGCUACCCGAUCACGCUACCCGGCCCCUCAGACACCUCGAGGCCGAACGACAAUCCCGGUACAAAGAUGCCCGAUGUACCCGCCAACCCUGCUUUCGUCAGCGCACCCAGCACCGAGCUUGCACCUCCGCCGCCACCACCACCACCACCACUACCACCUCGACCUCUAAAUACUUCAAGGCCAAAUGACAGUCCUGGUACGAGGAUGCCCGACGUGCCUGCCAACUCCGCCUUCGAGAGCACGUCCGGCUCUGCCGUCCCUAUCCCGCCACCGCCGCCGCCACCGCCUUCAGGAUUGCCAGAUGUGCCGCUUAAUGGCAUCUUCCGAACCCCCAUGUACGGAUAUUACUAUGGUCCCUCCCCGCCGGUCCCUCAGGAAGGCGCAUCGCAGCCCAGCUCCAAACCCGAGUCAGCGACAGCCAGCAGUGAUCCGCUACUAGGAGUAGCCCCCGACGGCGCCGCGCCCACGCCUGCUCGGCCGACAAGUCACUGCACCUUGCUUCUCUGCGUCUACAGAAAGAAGGACACUAAGUGCCGCAGCUUCCGUCUGAAAGUCGACCGCUCAUGGACCGAUGCCCAGUUCUUCACCGAGAUGCGCAACGCCUAUUUCCGCCAGCUAGGCGGGAGGAGGGUCAAGUGGCUCAGCCUGAGGGGCCUCAAGGCCAUUAUCCCGCUGCACUAUGGACCCACUACCCGUCCGGUUCGGCUGCUCGACUCGUCGGCGCUGGCGCUGCAGGAACUGUGGUAUGCGUUCCGGCGGCCCGAGCAGAUCGAGUCCCAGGGGGAGUGGGUAGACUGGGCGUUUGCGCUCAAGGCGCAGGCCAACAACCGCUACGGCCUCGAGUUUGUUGAGGGCUGGAACGGCUCCAAGAUCGCCGCCCUCGGCGUCACCCCGCUGCUGGGCACCCUCGUCGCCUCCAUCGCCUGGGCCCGCGCCGGCGGUGACCUGCAGACCGUGUUUACCGUUACCAGCUAUGCUUUGGCCGUGUGUACUGGUGGUUUGGCGCUGGUUGCUAUCCUCAGUCAGGUCGGCGAUUGAGAGGAAAGAUGACGCUCUGGAUUCAGCGGGUUUCAAAAGAAAAUGGCGAUUGCUGAGCUUGCUAAAGAUGAUCAUGUCUCUCGUUUCAACUUUGAAAGGUGUUGGUUGGGUGAUCGCGCACAGGGGGCCACUUUCCUGGCACCACUGCUGGGGGUCGGCUCGGUAGGCAACCACUCGAGCCACUCCAGCCCCACAGCCACUUACCUGAUCCAGCCUUCCACGGCCCACGCAGGACUUGCGCCCUCUUAAC